GAGUUGUCUUCCCUUUCCGUCAGCCAUCAGAGUCUUAUGACGCGCAGCCCAUCGAGGUGGACAUGACCGCAGUGACGUCACAGUUUGAAGUGACAGGACUGAAACUCAGCUCCAGAGUUGCUCCACUCAAUCAGCACACAGCCUGUGUCAUGUUCGAAGCCAGCUGCACCUUCCCUGCAAACGACUGUCCGCUGAUGAAAGGCUGUAGUGACGAAAGUGACGAAUGUUACGGGUGCAAACACUUCGUGGGAACAUGCAGCUACAUGAGCGCUGCUGACCAGUGUUCCAACACGUCAUCGGGAAUGUCCACACUUGAGGUCCAAUUGAGCUUCUCCCGUCGGAGAUGGAGUCACGUGUUCCGUACCUUCGUCCCUAGUGUCGUCAUUGUGGGCUGUUCCUGGAUCUCCUUCUGGCUCCAUCCACGUGACGUCACGGCAAGGGUCCAGCUGUGUGUCACGGUCUUCCUUGCCCUCAUCACUGCGAUGGCCAACAAUCGUAUGGAGCACGGGAUUACAGCUGUCAGGGCAGAAGAUGUCUGGAUGUGCGGAGGUAUCAUCACCGUCGGUUUAGGUCUGUUGGAAACAGUUGCCGUCAACGCCAUACUCUGUGGGAAUGCAUUCACGCUUUCCUUCUUUCAGGGCCAUAGAACACGAGUUGGGCCGAACCCGGAACCAUCCACUGCUUGGGCUGAUGAUAAAGAAACAUCGUCUCCCGAAGCUGUCGCCAACAAGAUCGACUUCUUCUCCAGAAUCCUGUUCCCAAUUACAGCUAUUGAGGAAACUAACGUUGCCCUUGGUAAGGCAGCAACACAGAGUUCCACUCACUCGCCUUGGGGACCAGAGAAGGCUGUAGAUGGAUCCACUGGACUGACUUUGAGUACAAGCUUAGGUUCUUCUCUUGCAUGCACGCACACCAAUCAAGAGUAUCAGCCAUGGUGGAAGGUGGAUCUGGGAAGUAUCUACACAGUCCAGCGGGUCAUUGUCGUGAACCGGGCGGACUGCUGCGGAGAGCGACUGCAGAACUUUGCGGUGCGAGUUGGCCUGAGCGAUACAGGUCUCGAGAAUGACCAGUGCGGGGAGACCUACACGGACACUCCUACCGAUGGACAGGCCAUCGUGGUGGACUGCUACCCACCGAUGCUCGGUCGUUACGUGUCCAUACAGCUGGUGGAGCGGACAGAUGCCCUGACACUGUGCGAAGUGGAGGUCUAUGGUGCAGUGUGUCCAAUACCAGACUACGUCCAGUUUAACGGAGUCUGCUACAAGGACUUCGCCCAGGAGAAGACGAACGGUGAGGCUAGACAGAGGUGUGCCGAAGACGGAGGAGUAAUAGCCAUGCCGAAAGACAAUGCGACCAACACUUUUUUGUCAGAUCUGACGGACGGAAGGCGUUGGCUUGGUCUAACUGACACCGGCUGUGAGGGCCAGUGGGUGUUUGAAGACGGCCAAGCUAUGGAGUCAUCGGGCUUCUCUAACUGGAACCCCGAUCAACCCAACAAUUCUGACGAAGACUGCGCCGUGUUGUCGUCGGAUGGGUUCGUCUGGAUGGAUACAAGGUGUGGCUACAACAGAGGAUUCGUCUGCCGGGUUGACCAAGCUGCGGAAGAAUGGCUGAGUCGGGAUUCAUCAUGGGUUGUGGACUCAUCUGGUACACCAUACGCCAGCAACGGAGUCACAUAUGAUGCCGCAAAAACCUUGGAUGGGGACACCAGGACCUAUUGGAAUCCAUAUGAUUUGGAUUAUAACUACAACAAUUGGUACAUCGUACUGGACCUCACAGAGCCCUACACUCUUACCAGCAUCGCAGUUAACAGCUACGGUGACACUACCCAUGACAUUGCAGCCUUCACGUUGCAAAAGUCGCAGGUUGGGAGUCCGUACAACUGGGAGUAUGUCGUGUCCGUUACUGGCAUGCAGGCAGGAACGGACCAUCGCCAGGUGUUCGCCGUUUCCCAGGGAACAGCGCGGUACUGGAAGUUCGUGGUCACCCGGACCCACUCCGGCUAUCAGCCAUUCCUCAAAGAACUGAACCUCUACGGAAUCUCCUCCAACGUCUGUCCGGUACCAGACUACAUUAGUUUUAACGGAGACUGCUACAAGGACUUUGCUGAGGAGAAGACAUACAACGAGGCUAAAAAAACGUGUGCCGAAGAUGGGGGAGUGUUAGCCAUGCCGAAAGACAACGCGACCAACACUUUUAUCUCAAAUCUGAGAAACGAGGACGGGUUCCGUUGGCUUGGGCUGACAGAUGCCAACAAUGAAGGCCAGUGGGUGUUUGAGGACGGCCAAAUCCUGGAGUCAUCUGGCUAUUCUAACUGGUACCCCGGUCAACCUGACAACAUUGGCGAAGACUGUGUCGAACUUCUGGAAGAGUCGUUGUGGAAUGACAAGAGGUGCACCGCCUCCAGGGGAUUCGUCUGUCAAGCCGUACAGUGCCCACUGCUGACAGCACCUGUAAACGGUUCGCUGACAGGGUCCAACUCCUACCGGAACACUGUCCUGUUCACCUGUGACCCUGGUUACCAGCUUGUAGGUGGGAACAGGCGGACAUGCCGGGCAGACGGCACGUGGAAUGACAGCAACCCCACCUGUAUAGCUUGCCUGAACCCCCUUGGUAUGGAAUCUGGAGCCAUCCCUGACGACAGCAUCACGGCGUCGUCUACCUGGAAUUCCGACCACCUGCCUCGCGAUGGCCGCUUAAAUAGGGUUCAGGGGCAUGGUGCAUGGUCAGCGGGCAACAACUCAAUAGGGCAGUGGUUGCAGGUGGAUUUAGGAGAGAUGAUACUCGUCUCGGGAACCAUCAUUCAAGGUCGCGUUUAUUCAGUGAGUGGGCAAUGGGUAACCUCCUACAAACUACACUACAGUGCAGAUGGAAUCAGUUGGACGGCCUAUGCGAACAGUGAUGGCUCAGACAAGGUCUUUGCGGGAAACACUGACAGGAACACCCCUGUCACCAACCUUCUGGACCACCCCGUUGCGACCCGCUAUGUACGCGUCGUGGUUCAGUCCUGGUAUACCCACAUCAGCAUGAGACUUGAGGUUCUAGGCUGCUACGGUGCUGACCUCGUAGGUAUGUGGCCAUUAAACGCACUGUAUGGCUCAUCAGACGUAACAGGAAACGGAAAUGACGGGGUAGCUACAGGAGUCCAGUUAACCCCAGGUCCUUUUGGCGACAGCGAAGGUGCUUUCCUGUUUUCCGGGGCUACAACUUCCUACUUGAAAAUCCCCAACAAUGGCAGGUUGGACGUGCGAUUCUCAUUCACCAUACUGGGCCACAUUUUCCCCACCGGUGGGGAUGGACCUAUCUUCGACUACGUCGGAAGCGAUAACACCUGGGCAGUUCACCUGUGGCAAUUAUCUUCAGCGCCCCUGUUUAUGCGCGUCGCGGGAAGAGAUGGCUCCCUUUCAUCAGCGGUAUCAGCGGACGUGCUGCAACAGAACACGUGGAGUUACGUGGGCGGGACGUACGACAGCUUUACAGGUGUGGAAUCAAUUUGGAACGACGGUGAACUGGUCGGUGAAACACACAUUGGAGUUGCCGAAGUCGCAAGUCAGUACCCUGUCCGGGUGGCGGUAAGGGACGGAGAUGAUCGGUACUUCGCGGGCCGUAUCGCCUGUCUGCAGCUGUACAACUACGCCAUGACCAAGGAACAGAUCGCUGCAGCACGGGAUAAGUGCAGAGAGUGCCCCAACACAGGCUAUGUUUACUUUAACGGAAUUUGCUACAAGAGCUUUACAGAACGAAAAACGCGCGACGAGGCUCGCCAAGCUUGUGCGGUAGACGGAGGGAUUUUAGCCAUGCCGAAGGACAGCGAGACCAACGCUUUUCUCGCCAGUCUACCUGAGGUAACAGGAGGCCGCUGGCUUGGGCUGACUGACCCCAACGGAGACGGCCAGUGGGUGUAUGAUGAUGGGCAAAACCUGACGUCAUCAGACUACUCCAACUGGCAACCCGACGACAGGGACAACGGUUCCGGCUGUGUUGCAUUUUGGGCGAGAGAGUCUGUGUGGGAUCCAAGAGCCUGCAACUACUGCAGGGGAUUCAUCUGUCAGCUACCCAAAGGCUACGUCAGUUUUAACGGACGUUGCUACAAGGACUUCCCCGAGCAAAAGACAUACAACGAGGCCAGACAGGCGUGUGCCGAAGAUGGGGGACUGUUAGCCAUGCCGAAAGAGAGUGCGACCAACACUUUUAUCUCAGGUCUGAGAAACGGAGACCAGUACCGCUGGCUGGGGUUGACAGAUGCCAGCAGUGAAGGCCAGUGGGUGUUUGAGGACGGUCAAACCCUGGAGCCAUCUGAUUAUUCUAACUGGCGCCCAGGUGAACCCAACAACGUUUCCCCAGGUGAAGAUUGUGUCCUAUUGUGGGAUGCUGAUGCCAUGUGGAAUGAUGCGAGUUGCAGUGCCACUGCUGGAUUCAUCUGUCAGAUAGGUAUGCCUUGCAGUCAUCCCGAGUAG